UUCCUGUGUGCGAAAAACAAAUUUUGAGGUGAUCAUGUCGCCUGCAUCCAGAGAUGUAUAAUAGAUACGUCUCUACUGCAUCGAUUGAUCGAAGGAAAAUUUGAAUGAGCUAUGAAAGAAAAAUCAAGGAACAAAAAGGGAAAAUCUCCACAAAAGAGGAAAGAGCAUGGAUUUCAGACAAUUACUUCAAUGUUUAGGAAGCAGCAGCUAGCAACUGAAGUAUGCAAAUCGGAAGUCAUUUCCACCUCAGACACCAACUCUAAAGAAGAAGAGGAAGACAUACAGAUAACCUUUGUUGAAACAACAUCUAGUUACUUUUUGUCUAAAGAAAAGACAUCAAAUACUGUGAAAAGGUUAAGCUUGAGGAAAAAUAGAGUCAAAGAAGAUAAUCAAACAUUAGACUCCCCAUCAGAAUGUACAUUAGGCAGUAAUGCUGAUUUAAAUGAGAUAGGAACAAUUUCUACUGAUCAAGUACAUUCCAAAAUUAAUGAAAAUAAUAGAAUUGAGUGUGAAAAAUCAGGUAAGACCAAAAAAGUUGAACCUCUGCUAUCUGCAUCCAGCUCAAACACUAAAGGAAACUCCAUAAAGAAACUUUCACUGAGAAAACGGAAGUCUGAAUGUCCCAGUAAAGAAACUAGCCUGGUAGAGAAAAGAUUCAAAACUGCUGAUGAGAAACAGGAAGGUGUCAGUAAAAUAAAAAGAAAUAAAAGUGUGCCUAAUGUUACUCCUCUUAAAUCUGAAAGAACAGAGACUAAAGGAAAAAUAGGUGAAACUGAUGAAGAACAGACAAACUCUAGAACAUCUACCCCACUGCCAAAAGACAACAGCAACAGUAAUUCAGAUUUGCCUGAGGAUGAGGAGAAUGUAAUUCAGACCCCAUAUUAUUUAGAAAAUUUUCGAACAAUCAUUAGCACCAUUCUCUCCUGUGAAGAUGAUUUGAAUCUCUUCAAUGAUGAUGAUAGGAAAUUUGUCAGUGUAUUUGGUGAACUUACAGAACCAGCUCAAAAGUUAUAUGUUAGGUUAUUUGGAAGAAAAUGGAAAUGGUUGACACAGCAACAGAUCAAGUACCCAGGAAUCAAGGAUGAUUUAACAGAUGUGUUUCAAGAGCUUAAAAGAGAAGGCUUCUUAAGCUCUGAGAAUGACCUGGAAGACUUGGAGAAAGCUCUCAAUCUGCUGUCUGCUCCAGAUCUGAAGUCAUUUGCCAAAUCAUACCACCUAACCUCUAUCACAAACAAAAAGGAAAUCAUUCCAGCUCUGCUAAAGAAGUGUAAAGAAAACACCAUAGGAUCCAUGUUCAAAGUGUCAGGCCUUGAUCCUUAUCAAGUCAUGCUGAAAAGGGUGAAGAAGCAGCUAGGACCGUGUGUUUGUUUGUGUGAGGAGCCGCGGUUUGUCUUCGUGAGGAUGUUAAUGCUCUUCUCUCUUACGGACACAAUUCUAGAUGACGACAAUGCUAAUGCUGGGCAGAGUCAGCUAUUCAGAAUGUUACAGGUUAACAUUGGGGACACAGUGUAUCCAGCCUUCACUGUUAGCAGAGAGACAAAAAUAUUUAAAGACAGAGAUUCAGUGUUGAGAUUUUCUGAGGCCUGCUUAUUGGAAGCUGAUCUAUGGGCCAGACUUGAGAGAAAUGAUUUUGAAGCUGCAUAUUCAGUAUAUCUGGAGGCAAAAGAGAGAGUACAAGAUCUGAAGAAAGAAAGUGCUAUAGCUAACCAUGAUAAGACUUUACCAGAUUUUCUGAGACCCUUCACAGCCUUAAGUGUGUACACCAGGAUUAUCAACCAAGGGGUGGAACUCCUGCAGAGGAGGAAGGAGUACACAGAGGCGGUGUCUGUGCUGAGGAGACUGCUGGGUCAGAAGGUGUAUUGUACAGACUACAGGGGCCACUGGUGGGAGAGACUCGCCCUUAAUUACGAUGCUCACCUCAAAAACCAGGAAAAGGCCCUGGAGGCAGCAGCCAGUGGACUGAGAGAUAACACAGUAACAGCAGGGAGACGACUGGCCCUGUAUCAGAGGGCAGAAAAAAUAUGUACUGCUCCAAAGUCAAAGUUCAAGGACAGACUAAAAAAACUGCCAGAUGUAGGCGUUAAAGCAACACCAGAGGUAUGUAUUGAGGGCACUGUACUGUCAGAUAACAUGCCGGGAAUGAGGUACAAGUUUAUCAUGGCUGACCCUGACGGAGAUGAGGACAAGCUGACAUUCUGUGGGGUGGAGGAACUGGUCAUGGAGCAUUAUAAGAACAAUGGAUAUCCAGAGGGUUUACAUGCUGAGGGCUCCAUUUUGUCUAACCUGUUUGGUCUGUUUUUCUGGGACAUUCUUUUUAUGGAUGUUCCUGAUGUGUUUCACUCCAGCUAUCAGACCCACCCAUUAGAUUUGUACUCUACACUGUUUUACACAAACAGACAAGCAGCCAUUGACCAACAGCUUGAGAAAAUCAAGAAUGCUUCAGUAGAGGAGCUGCAUUCUAUGAUGGGUUCUGUGUGGGAGAAUCACUUUGGAGUGAUGUGUACAGGUCUGAACUGGGAGAGGUUCUUAUGUCUCAGUCACGCACAGGGCUUGGUGUCGUGUAUGGGAGGUAGGACUCUAUCCCAAAUGCUGGAGAGGUUUGUGAAGAACCCCCGACACACACGGUCAGGGUUCCCUGACCUCACUCUCUGGAAUCCACAGACAGGUGUUCUUAAGAUAUGUGAAGUGAAAGGUCCUAAUGAUAGACUCUCACACAAACAGAUUUUGUGGAUAGAUUAUCUGGUGUCCCUAGGAGUGGAUGCUGAAGUCUGCUAUGUCAAAGCUGUUGGAUCAAAGAGAUUGAAAUCUUCCAGAUAAUGCAAGAAUAAGACAGCUUUUGACUGUGCAGAUAACCUCCCUUUACUAAUUCCCAUUGCCUUAGGAGGUAACUAACCUUUGUUCAUGCAUGAAAUUCUGAUUGGACUAUACUUUUGAACACCUAAGGAACUCAGUUCUUUCUCUGUAUUGUGCCAAUCCUUUAGCAAAGUGUCAGACUGCUAAUUCAAGUCAAAGUUAUAUUCUGUUUAUUAAUGUUUCAAUUGAAGAAAAAAUUAACUAAAACUCAUAUAUGCUCCUAAGUACUGUUCUCAGCAUAGUACCAACUGGGAAAUAAUAAAAAUAUAAAACACAUGAUGAGAAAAGUAGUACAUGUAUCUAAAACAACAGUUCAUGAUGCUAGAAUGUAUCAAAUUUAAACUGUACUGAUACUAAAUUGUGUUCCAUGUGGAAAAAAUGUUUAAAAUAACAAACAAAAGUUGUGUUCAUUGCAAGGUUGUGAUGGUUACUUAAAUAUGCAAGUAUAAUUUGCUGAUUUUCAAUAUGUUCAAUGUUACCUCAUUCUGAACUCAGUUCAGCCACUGUUGCAUUAUAAUUCAUGAAUUUAUUUUGUAUUUGUUGAAAGAAUUUUUGUGUUUUAUAUAUUGCAUGA